CACCAUUGAGGCUCAUUCAAACUCAGAAUAGAGGGAAAACCUCUUUCAUACACGAUGCAACAUCAAGGGAAACUUUUUGUCCCUCGUCAUAGAUGGUGGGAGCUGUACAAAUGUAGUAAGCUCUGACAUCAUCAAGAAACUCGGGUUGACUACUAGCAAACAUCCUGAACACUAUACCUUACACUGGCUGAAUGAUUACGGAGCCAUUAAGGUCAACAAGCAGGCUAGAAUUCCGUUUGCAAUUGGGCGCUAUGAAGAUGAAAUUCAAUUCGAUGUGGCGCCAAUGUAGGCUGCUCAUCUGCUGCUUGGCCGUCCCUGGCAAUUUGAUCGAGGGGUAUGCCAUGACGGAGGAACAAACUGCUACAAAUUUUGGCAUCGAAACCAGAAGUUCGUGCUAACACCGAUGACCCCGGCCGAAGUCCGAGCUGAUCAACGACAUCUGGAAACAAUUCGACGUCGGCAGAAAGGGAAAUCCAGUGCGGCGACCUCGGAGGAACCACAUGAAGCUAAUCUUAUCGCCCGUCGUUUUAUGUUGACAGCAUUCAAGAAGAAGAGGCUUCGUCGACGGCAACAAAUUGACAACUCGCCGUCAGAACAGAGUAAGAGAGAGGGAGAAUUGGCCGGAGUCAUUGACGAAGGGUCUGACCUCGCGGAAACUGCACGCACACUCCAAAUCACCUCAGGAAACUCGGAUGCAGACUGGAACGGACCCAAGAUCCCUGGGUCGGCAAACUCGAUUCAACCCAAAAGUGCUCUGAAAACAGGAAGUCACGAUGACAAACUGCGUUUAUGGGUUGGAACGAUUGGAGAAGAGUCGGCUCGACCGGCUGCUACAAAAUCAUUCAAAACCAUCCAGGAAGCUCCCCGAUCGAUCAAUUAGACCCAAAAUCUCCUGUAUCCAGAACACCCAAUUUACCAUUGAACUUUCUGGGUUUGGAAAAUUUGAAUAACGAUGAUGGCGGGAAAGAAGCUAGCAAAGAUUCGGCCAUCGUGACGAUAAUUCAAGGUAAGUGGACAGGUCUGAAAGUCAAUUGGGAUCAAGGCAAAGAUCGUGGAGCCCCUGAAUUAGCCUGGGAAUGCUUCAACUCGAAACUAUACUUUGAAGGCUUCCGACGAAGGCGAGCAAGAUCGUAUGGAAGCUGCCGAGAAGACUGUCUUGCAAGGGGUAAUCCAAAUCCGUUUCGGACUAGGAUUGUGUAUGAGUGUUUUCCCUUUUCUGUUUGAACUCUAUUUCCUUGUUUGUUUGAGAGUUGUUUUUUCGUAUUAAGCUUGUUAGUUACAUAGGUCUAUUUAAGGUUGAUCAAAAGCAUUGUAAAUCUCAGAUUUUUAUUGAUUGAAAUACAAACCCGAGUUUGGUUCACAAAGCUUGUGCUUGGUGAGUUUAAGAGUUGUUUAGGAAGAGUUCUAAGCAGCUUGAGUGCUUGUAUCGUUCAGCUAUUCACGCUGAUCGUGGCCAGGCUUCGAUUUAUCUAUUUCGAGUCUUUCCCCGUUGUGUGGAAUUACACGAAAUUGACCAUCCAUCCACCUACAAAACCCCCUGUUUUGCUCGAGUUCUUCGAAUUGAGCAAGAUCAAUCCGGAGCUGCACUAUUCUGGAAACUAAAGUCCUAUCUAGGGCCUUAUCAGUUUGGAGUCUCCACCUUUGGCCCGAGUUUUGGUGCUUCUCUUGUAGGAACACUCGGCCUAGGGUUUGUUGUAGGUGCUGGUGUAGGCCUUGUAGUACUUGUAGAGGGUAGAAACCUCCUAUUCUUCUGUUGCCUCUCCACCUAGCUGCAAAUAGCCACCAAGUCUUCUACCUCCACAAAUAGUUGAAUUUCCACGACAUUACGAAUCUCUCGAUUAAGACCAUGUAGAAAUCGAGCUAUGGUAGCUUCCCUAUCUUCACGAACAUAAGCUCGAAUCAUUAACAACUCCAUCUCUCGAUAGUAAUCCUCAACACUCUUGUUGCCUUGUCGAAGAAGUUGUAAUGCUUGGUGCAUUUCCCGUUGAUGAUAGGCUGGAACAAAUUGAUCUCUCAUGAUUGCCUUCAACUCAUCCCAUGUUUCAAUAGGCCUGCGCCUAUCUCUUCUUCUCUUCGUGCUCAAUUGAUCCCACCAUGCUAGGGCAUAAUCCGUAAACUCAAUGGUAGCCAUCGCCACCUUCCUCUUCUCCGAGUAGUUUUGAUUAUCAAAAAUCAGCUCCAUCUUGCGUUCCCAAUCGAGAUAAGCUUAUGGAUCAAUUGUCCCUUUGAAAGAUGGUACAGUUAUCUUCAAUCCUCUUAGAUCAUCAUCAUCUCGGUAAGCACCUCCAUCAUACUCGUAUUCUUCAUACCCUUCCUCGUCAUAGAAGGGAAAGUCUCUCCUUGCACAAUGAUUCCCUCCCAAUGGCCUAUGUCAACAAACAUUCUCAAACAUUGGACGUUGAACAGCUCGAACAACUCUCCUUUCUUCUCGUCGUUCCCUAGGAUUAGGGUUUGCAAAUUCGCCUUGGGGUGGCUCUUGUUCUCGUGGUUGAGGUUGCUGUUGAUCACAUCUUUGCAAUGCCUCAACUUGUGCCCUUGUCUCCCUAUGUUCUUGAAGUACCGUAGCUAGUUGUGCAGCGAGUUGUUGAAGUUGUGCUGCCACAUCUUGUGCUUGUUCUGCCAUGGUUUCUUGCUAAAGAAGAACCCCACGAAUGCUUUGUCUUCAAGAUACCUUCCUUGCCACACAAGAAACUCUCAAGAGCGUU